AUCAAGGAACUAGCGUUAAUUAGGAAUAGGUUUUCAGUUUCAUAAGAACUACUGGCCAUAUGCCUGUUAGCCAGCUAGCUAAAUAGCUGACAUGAUUUUUCGUGUAAAUUUCAGGAAUUAGAUUAGAUUAGGUAUUUUAGUUUAGAUAUGAGGUCUUCUAUUGGGACAGAUUGACGUGUUUAAAAAUCUGCUUCUGAUUUAGGCUUUUACUUUGUACUGUUUGUAUAUGCAACAAACGCUUUCUUUUCUAUGACCAAUGAUCUGCUUUACAACUGUCCACAAGUCGUCCAAGGAAGUUUAUUUGCAUCAAUCAAUGAAAAUAGUUUCAGUUUUAUGUUACUGGGGGGUUUUUACCCUAAGCAGUUUUCUUUGGCUGGACUGACAGUACAUGAUUAUGGCUUUGUGGCUGCUAUGAAAACAGUGUUCGCCUAUUAUUAACAGCCUCAGCCAAAGCGCUGCUGUCAGUUGUAGAUGUAUGACGUGAGUCUAACGGUGAAGAUUCAUAGUUAUGCAAGGUUUAGAUACAGAAGGCUUCUGGGGGAAAAGUCUCUUGACAAUGUGUGAUGGGCAGCUAACUGAUGUUGCUGGGGUUUGGCAGCAGUGACCAUGGAGUUGUGCUGGAGUAGUUUGUUAGUGCUGGUGGCCCUAUCCCACACCUUGGGCUCUCCAUGGCACUCCGAGGAGCCCUAUGUGCCAGAUGAAUGGGUCCUGCUCCAUGUUGUGCAAGGCCAUAUUGGGGCAGGAAACUACAGCUACCUGCGUCUCAGCCACGAAGGACGCAUUAUCUUGCACAUGCAAAGCCUCAAGGGAGAUGCAGAUCUCUACGUCUCUGACAAAACACUACGGCCAAACUUUGAUAACUACAAGCUUCAGUCUAUCACCUGUGGCCAGGAUGUGGUGGUGGUCCCAGGGGAUUUUGUUAGGCCUGUUGGAAUCGGGAUCUAUGGGCAUCCCUCCUACUUGGAGAGUGAGUUUGAGAUGAAGGUGUUUUACGACCAGACAGCGCUGACAGAAGAUGAAGUUGAGAAAAACUCGUAUUCCUCAGAUGAGACUCCUGGUCAGUCUCGACACACUCAGGGCCCUGAGGAAGUGAUGGAAGAAGAGGAGUCAAUCCUUUGGACUAUUCUGAUUGGGAUUCUUAAGAUUGUAAUUGAAAUUUUGUUUUGAUUUCAGUGUGCCAAUUGCCAAAAUACAACACCUGCCACAAGGAAACAUUCUUCCCAUUGAAAAAAAGAA